CAGCCCCGCCGCCCGACAGCGCGCCCGGGACGGGCCGGCCUGGCGCCGCGCGCUGUCCUCCCCGAGCGGCGCUCGGCCACUGUCUGGGCUCCGCGCGGCCGGCGCGCCGCCACCCUCGCCCGCCGGUGACGCGGCGCAGAGCGGCUCGCAGCCCUGCGGCGGCGCGAGGACCGUCCGGCCGAGGCCUCGCCUGCGCGAACAUCUUUCAGAAGAGAUCUGAGAUUCUCUCAUCAGCACGACUGCUUCACAGCAACAUUGAAGACCUUGGUGUGCCCAGAUGUCCCUGGUCAGUGUCAAGAAAAUCUGCAUAGUCAACAGUGGAAGGAACAAUGCCAACUGGCAUGUCAGUUACAGCCACUGCCUGACGUCCUGUGACUGAGGAGCCGGCCUUGUAACUUGAUGGGCAUGCCUUUGGAGAUGGAGCCCAAAAUGAGCAAGCUGGCCUUUGGGUACCAGAGAAGUUCCACGUCCGAUGACGAUUCCGGCUGCGCGCUGGAGGAGUACGCCUGGGUGCCCCCGGGCCUCAGGCCGGAGCAGAUCCAGCUCUAUUUUGCUUGUUUACCAGAGGAGAAGGUUCCUUACGUUAACAGCCUUGGAGAGAAACAUCGAAUUAAACAGCUUCUGUACCAGUUGCCACCACAUGAUAAUGAGGUGCGGUACUGCCAGUCCUUGAGUGAAGAGGAGAAAAAAGAAUUGCAAGUGUUUAGUGCUCAGCGGAAGAAAGAAGCACUUGGAAGAGGGACCAUUAAGCUUCUGUCCAGAGCAGCAAUGCGCACUGUGUGCGAGCAGUGUGGGCUGAAGAUAAAUGGAGGUGAAAUUGCAGUGUUCGCCUCCCGCGCGGGCCCCGGCGUGUGCUGGCACCCUUCCUGUUUUGUCUGCUUCACGUGUAGCGAGCUGCUCGUCGACCUCAUCUAUUUUUAUCAGGAUGGAAAAAUCCACUGCGGCAGGCACCAUGCCGAGCUGCUCAAACCACGGUGCUCAGCAUGUGAUGAGAUAAUUUUUGCCGAUGAGUGCACAGAAGCUGAGGGUCGCCACUGGCACAUGAACCACUUCUGCUGCCUGGAGUGCGAGGCGGUCCUAGGAGGGCAGAGGUACAUCAUGAAGGACAGCCGCCCGUUCUGCUGCGGCUGCUUCGAGUCCCUGUACGCCGAGUACUGUGAGGCCUGCGGGCAGCACAUCGGUGUGGACCAUGCACAGAUGACCUACGAUGGGCAGCACUGGCACGCUACAGAGGCCUGCUUUUCUUGUGCCCAGUGUAAAGCCUCUUUGCUGGGAUGUCCCUUCCUUCCCAAACAAGGUCAGAUUUACUGCUCAAAAACAUGCAGUCUCGGCGAAGAUGUCCAUGCCUCUGAUUCUUCUGACUCGGCAUUUCAGUCAGCGCGGUCAAGAGACUCCAGAAGAAGUGUCCGGAUGGGCAAAAGCAGUCGGUCAGCGGAUCAGUGUAGACAGUCCCUCCUCUUGUCCCCUGCUCUGAACUACAAGUUUCCAGGCCUUUCUGGCAAUGCUGACGAUACCCUUUCUCGGAAAUUGGAUGAUUUGAGUCUCUCCAGGCAGGGAGCAGGUUUUGUCAAUGAAGAAUUUUGGAAAGGUAGGGCAGAGCACGGAACCCCAGAAGACCCUGAAGAAUGGGCCGAGCAUGAAGAUUAUAUGACGCAGCUCCUCCUCAAGUUUGGCGAUAAAAGCCUCUUGCAGCAGCAGCCCAGUGACAUGGACAUUCGAGCCAGUGAGCACUGGAUAUCUGACAACAUGGUUAAAAAUAAGGCCGAGUUAAAGGAACAUAACCAGAGCCUUGCAAGUAAAAAAUACCAGUCUGGUAUGUACUGGGCACAGUCUCAAGAUGGGCUGGGUGACUCUGCCUACGGCAGCCACCCCGGCCCCGCCAGCAGCCGGAGGCUGCAGGAGCUGGACCUGGACCACGGGGCUUCGGGAUACAGCCCUGACCAGACCCAGUGGUACGCAGGCUCCCUGGAGUGUCUGUCAGACUUGAAGGCAGAGCAGAGCGUUCGGGAUUCUGUGGAUUCUCUGGCUUUGUCUAACAUCACAGGGGCUUCGGUGGAUGGAGAGAGCAAGCCGAGGCCGUCGCUGUAUUCUCUGCAGGACUUCGAGGAAAUGGAGGCAGAAGAUUGUGAGAAAAUGAGCAACAUGGGGACUCUGAACUCCUCCAUGCUGCACAGGAGCGCCGAGUCCUUGAAGAGCCUGGGUUCCGAGCUGUGCCCCGAGAAGACGGUGCCUGCCGAGAAGCCGGCGCACCUGCCGGCGCUCAGGAGGUCCCGGUCGCAGUCCAGGCCCCAGCAGGUCAAGUUCUCCGACGACGUCAUCGACUACGGAGGCUGCAGCCUCGAAGUCCGGCAGCCCCCGAUGAGCGAGCGGACGCGGCGGCGCGCCCACCACCUCGAGGAGCGGGGACCCCGGUCGCCCCGCCACCGCCACCGCAGGAGCAGGAAGUCCCGCUCCGACAACGCCCUGGACCUGGCCGCGGAGAGGAGGGGCGCCCCCGGGGACAGGGGGCGCUUCUACCUGCCCGACAGCUACGAGACGUUCAUACGGAGCAGGGGCGCCCGGGAGGCCGCCGCCUACGGCCGGGGUGCGGGCCUCUGCGGGCAGUACGCCCAGGCCUCGUCCGACUGCGCGCUGCGGAGCCCGGGGCGGCGCUUCCUGGGCCUGGGCGGCGACGACGACCCCUGGGACUCGUCCUCGUCCUCCUCCGAGUCGGAGGAGGAGGGCUACUUCCUCGGCCAGCCGAUCCCCCCGCCGCGGCCGCAGAGGCACGCCUACUGCCCGGACGGCCUCUCCGGCCCGGCUCCUGUGCUCCCCGCGCCCCAGUUCGGUCAGAGGACAACCAGAUCCAAGAAGAAAAAGGGGCACAAGGGCAAAAACUGUAUCAUUUCCUAACCGAGCGGCUCUGGCGUCCUGUUUAGGCUUAGCCAGCAACCGCCUCGAGUCACCUCUUUUCGCUUCCAUAGGAAAGUUGCUAAACUAGUUAAAAGCGCUUUGCCCGUGGGAAGGAGGCCCCGGCUGCUGCCCAGCACCAGGACCCCCUCGGGACGGCGUGCUUCCUCCGGGCGGACACGGCAUCGCGUGCCUGGCGGUCCGUCGCGGUCCUACACGGCUGCUUUCAUCUCCAGAUCGCAAGAGACUGUCGUGGGGAGAUCGGACGGGGGUUGAUCUAAGACAGUGAACUUCAGCCGCCUUUGUAACACGAGAGUGCCAGCGUCCGUCCACACCAGGCUGGCCCGGGUUCUGGUCGGUCUGUCUGUGCGACAUGCACACAGUCACACUGACCCAGCGCAUCCCAUCGUGUGGGGCCACCUCGUCCCCUUCCCAUCUUCAUUAGCCAGGUAAACAUUGUAUUAGUUCCAGCUACAGACUAAAAAAACUUGCUAUUUAUAAUGUAGUAUUUCAUAGACUAAGUGUAUUCCUAAUUUAACGGUGCAAAUAUCCAUGUACAUACUGUACAGCUCAGAUUUUAAAGCUGAUAUUUUUAUAUCCCUGAAUCGCAAGGUGUUAUACUGCAGCGCUAGGUCUGCUGGGGAGCCAGGCACUGCACUGACGGAGGAAAUGAUCGCUUGUAUUUUAGUCAGCGUGUGUAAGUGUAGGUGGUCAAAUUUAUAUUGCCUAGUGAUGGAAGUUCAAAUUUUUUUUUGAUUUUUCAAUGUUAAAAAGGCUCCCUAUGCAUGGUGGGGCUAUGUAAAUACUCUUUAAUCUGGCCCCAAUGAUCUUAUGAGUGCUAUUUAUGGGUCAAGCAAUGUAAACUGUAUAAAUGUAAAAACAAACCAACAACCCACACAUACCCCUGGAAUAUAUGGAAAAAAAAAGUA